GUGAGAGCCCUGGGAGGAACCGAGGAGGAGAGAGGCUGAGAACGCCGAACGGCAGAAGAAUCUAGACACUAAGAGAGAGAGAACCAUGGCGUCUGGCAGUACUACCGCCAGUGAGGAAGAGCGGAGUCUCCGGGAAUGUGAGCUCUAUGUCCAGAAGCACAACAUCCAGGCCCUGCUGAAGGACUCUAUUGUGCAGCUGUGCACUGCUCGACCCGAGAGACCCAUGGCAUUCCUUCGGGAAUACUUUGAGAGGCUGGAGAAGGAGGAGGCAAAACAGAUCCAGACUCUACAGAAAAGCAGCACUCGUACCGACUCCAGGGAGGACGAGAUCUCUCCUCCUCCCCCCAAUCCCGUGGUGAAGGGCCGUCGGCGCCGUGGGGCAAUCAGUGCUGAAGUUUACACAGAGGAAGAUGCUGCAUCCUAUGUUAGAAAGGUUAUACCCAAAGAUUAUAAGACAAUGGCUGCUUUAGCCAAAGCCAUCGAAAAAAAUGUGCUGUUUUCACACCUUGAUGAUAAUGAGAGAAGUGACAUUUUUGAUGCCAUGUUCCCAGUCUCCUUUAUUGCUGGAGAGACAGUUAUACAGCAAGGUGAUGAAGGGGAUAACUUCUACGUGAUUGAUCAAGGAGAAAUGGAUGUUUACGUCAAUAAUGAAUGGGCAACCAGUGUUGGGGAAGGAGGGAGUUUUGGAGAACUGGCUCUGAUUUAUGGAACACCCAGAGCAGCCACUGUCAAAGCGAAGACCAAUGUGAAGCUGUGGGGCAUUGACCGAGACAGCUACCGAAGAAUCCUCAUGGGAAGCACUCUGAGAAAGAGGAAGAUGUAUGAAGAAUUCCUUAGUAAAGUGUCUAUUUUAGAGUCUCUGGACAAGUGGGAGCGUCUCACAGUGGCUGAUGCGUUGGAGCCUGUCCAGUUUGAAGAUGGACAGAAGAUCGUGGUGCAAGGAGAACCAGGGGACGAGUUCUUCAUUAUUUUGGAGGGCACAGCUGCUGUGUUGCAGCGUCGGUCAGAAAACGAAGAGUUUGUUGAAGUGGGACGGCUGGGGCCUUCUGAUUAUUUUGGUGAAAUUGCCCUGCUGAUGAAUCGUCCUCGGGCCGCCACAGUGGUUGCGCGUGGCCCUUUGAAGUGUGUUAAGCUGGACCGACCCCGGUUUGAACGUGUCCUUGGCCCUUGCUCAGAUAUCCUCAAGCGAAACAUCCAGCAGUACAACAGCUUUGUGUCACUGUCUGUCUGAGACCUGCCUACUGUGCCUCUCUUCUCCCCAGUCCAUGCUUCAUUCAUGCAGACUGCUCUCUCCCUAUCUGCAGCGCCAAGUGGCCACUGGCUUCACAGCUUCUUGUCUCUUUAUACUAAAAGUUGCUUUAUUGCACCAUUUUUUUCAUUUGGAGCAUUGACUGAAUGCUCAUACACAAAUAAAUAGAGAGUUCCAUGGA